CCUCAGGAAUUUCGUAACAAACCCAUUUACCGUGACCGCGGACCCAAUCUUUCCAUUAAAAUCACGCUUCUUAUCAAUACUUGUAUCAUUAAAACCGUUAAAGAUAACCCUAUCUCUAUCGCCUGCUACGAUUUCAUACGUGCCAGACAAGGACGGCCGAUUUAAGUUUUAGGUGUGGUUAUGAAAAAAUACGUGGUCGCGAUCAGUGUUCGUCCGCUGAGCUGACGCGCGGGCGUGCGGUAACGCGCGGUGCGGCACGAGCGAGUUUAAAAUUCGAUCGCUGCGAAUUCCGGGACGCCAAUCCGUGCGAUCUCCUCGAUCCGGCGUAGUGAUGUGUGUGAUGUAAACAGUUGAUAUCGAUAGACGGUUACUGUGACAAACAUGAUGACUAUGGACGUCGGGAUGUAUAACAACCAGCAGAACGGUUACAGCGCAGAGUACUACCAGCAGGGAGCGGCGUACCAGCCUGCUUACGAGGGCUACCACGAGGGUUACUACGAGGCGCCGGGGCACUACUACGAGCCGCUGCUGCACGGGCAGCCGGCGCACGAGCACCCCCCGACGCCUGUCAUCAGCACGGACACUGGUUUAUGUUACACGAAUCUGGACUAUGGGGAGCUGCAGCCGAACUAUCCGAUCCACUCGCUGCCCCCUCACGCGGAGUCGUUCAAGCACAGAGAAGAGGUUCUGAGACACGAGGACAUGCACGUCCACGAGCACAAAUUAGAUAAUCACUACUUAGAAACGAAGUAUAACAUGCAUUUUGUGGAUGAGACGUCGAUGCAGUACAACCAUGCGGGGUCGCCGCUGCCGUGUGCGGAGUUCGAGCACUACCAGCCGAAGGAGGAGUUCGGAGGGCUGCGGGAGGGCUUCCCGCGGGACGGGGACUGCAUGCCCCACGUCGGGCACCAACCCCACGCGUCCCACACCACGGUCCCUACGUAUAAGUGGAUGCAAGUCAAAAGGAAUGUACCAAAACCUAGUGCACCAAAGCUGAUGAUCCCGCCGGCGGAGUUCGUGAACCAGGGCGUCCUCGGCAGCCCACAGGAGGGCCUGCGCACUCCCACCGGUGGACCCAUGCUGGCCAGCCCACUCCUAAACCUCAAUAACACCGGCCGCACCAACUUCACCAACAAACAGCUCACGGAACUCGAGAAAGAGUUCCACUUCAACAAAUACCUCACCCGAGCGAGGAGGAUAGAGAUCGCCUCCGCUCUCCAACUCAACGAAACACAAGUCAAAAUCUGGUUCCAGAACCGACGGAUGAAGCAAAAGAAGAGGAUCAAAGAGGGGCUCAUUGUAGCUCCCGAGGUGACCCCCUCUCCCUCGCAAGCUGUCGGCUCCAACGAGAACAGCCGGGAGUCCAGCUAAACCGUGCACAGUGCAGUGUGAACAGUACAAAGACUAUUUAGUGACCCGCUCAUUUGACUUUUGUAUAAAUAAAUUAUUAUGUACGAAAUCACGGAGACACAUUGUUGGUUUAAGAUCACUUGCAGGAAAAGAGUCGUUUGAAAUUAAAGCCGUGACAUUUAGAGCCUUGUUAGACAGUUAUUUCUUUACACGAGGUUUUUGUUAAAGGAUGAAUGACCUGUCUAAAAAUAUUGUGUUCUGAUUUAACUUUCAACGAACAAGCACAGUUCGUGGACACCCAAACUAGCCAAAAAAUUCGCGACACGUCUUUGUGACAAUUGGAAUGAUGUUGUAAAUUUUUUGGCCACUUGGUAUCACGUACUAUUUGAUGCUGACUGUACGCCUCAAAAUCAUCGUGGUAAUCGUCAAGUAUUAUAAUAGCUAGGCCUUGAUACUAUACUAAAUACACGUGCCUGCAAGUGAUCCAUUACAAAACUGCGCUGUGUAUCUCCGAACCUAAAUUAGGACAUGCUCUAGCAUUGCUACAUCGACGUUUGAGAUUAGAUACGCUGUUUAAGUUCUUCAGUCAUUCAUUUAGAGCUAGCUUCUAAAAUCUACAAAAUCAGUAUAAAUAAUGCUAAGUGACAUGAUUUGGGAACGGAAUGGAGUGAUAGCUUUUUCAAUUCAAAAUCAUGUUUCUUACUAAAAAUAACAUUUUUAUCAGUACAGAUUUUUUGGCAAAGUAGUCACACUUAAAACAUCCCGAAAUAACAAUUGGACUAUACUACAAUUUUAUAGACUAUUGUAUAUUACAAUAAAUUAUAGUCAUUGUCCUAAUCGUCUGCAAUGAUUUUUAAACCAUUUCUGGCUGGCCAAGUUUUUGGUCGUAUGAAUAAGAACAUCAAAUUAAUGUCAAAAUCUUCAAAACCUGUGCAGUUUUCGAGAUAUCGCCAUUGAACAUAUUUAUAAAAACAUCCAUAUUUUUUGGAGUGGAAAAGACCGUUAUCUACAAGAAAUGAAUGAGCGAAAUGCCUUCAAAAAUCACAUCCAAUAAACCCAUUGAACAUUAUGAUACACUUACAAGUUUCGUAAGCUAUCGGUCGACAAGAUAACCGGCACUCGACUCGCAAUCUUGGCCUGGACUACCAUCGAGAUUGGCUUAUCAGCACGGUAUCAUGUCGAUGUAAUUGUAUAUAGAUUUUAAGAUAGAACUUAGAAUAACAUUCUGGGCAUAGUGUAGAUGUUAUUUAGUUUUAAUUUGGUCUGGAUUUCUACCAUAUCCUGAUGCAUUACCUAUAAUGUUGAACUAUAUGUAUUUAUGUACGUUUUAUAAUGUAUAUUUAUAAUGUAAGUGAUGUGUAUGACUAAGUCUAAAUUACUCUAACUACAGCCGAAACUUGUCAUCAUAGUCGGUUAGAAAUUUAAAAUAAGCGUGUUUCUUAACCCUCGCGUUGUACCUAUUAUAAAUUUUUGUAAAUGUAUGAGGAAAAUGUGAAAUAAAUAAGUGCGUCGUUAUCAGA